AUGCUGCACUCGAGUAACGAAAGUAACGAGAGAGCCCGAGGCGCUACGGCUGCUCAGACCGGGCUCGCUCUUUCCUCCCGUCUGCUUCCUUUCCUUCUUUCCGUCUUCUUCCUAAAGUGCCCUCGCUCUCACGCCUUUGCGAUUCGAGAGAUCCAUCCUCGCUCGCUAUUAGCCUCGCGCUUUUGCACAGGCCACCGUGCAGCAUUAAGACGGGAUGGCGGGAGGAAGAGGGAUGCUGCGAAAAAGAAGAGGGCCGGGAAGGAGGGGCGCCUGCACCUUGCGACCCAAGGUACCGUGCACAGAGGGCCAGAAGACACGCUUGCUGCAGAGAUAAGGAGCAUCCGCACCUGGUCGCACAACGAGGCGCAAGCACGGCCCAAGGCACGUUCGAAGCCAUGA